CGAGCUGGAUGGGAGGGAGGGAUCAGCAGCAGCUUCAGUACCAGGCAGUGCUCUGCCUCAGUACGGACCGGGUAGACAGAUAGAGGAGGAGGCUCCUACAUGCUGCCGACACCGUUUCUCCUCCUGCUGCUGCCUUUCUUUCACAGGGAGCGUUUCCGAGGCCACUCUUGAACCAAAAGGAUAUUCUUUUAUUUUUUAUUUAUUUUUAUUUAUCCACAUCUUCCCCCCUCCCUCCCCCAAUAUUUCCCACGGAUUCCGAAGCGGGGAAAUAAAAGGAGUGACGGGCGUACAAAUGUUCUCGUUACACGAGGGUAGCGGGCUGCUUCUGCUCUUGCUCUUAGCAGGACUGCAGAUUGCAGCAGAGGCCAGGGGUGUCCCACCAUGCAGUCCGGGCUUCUCUGAAGAUCUGUACACGGUUGUGGUGCCAGAUAUCACAGAGAAAGGAUGGCCUCUUUUCAACGUGAAGUUUGUCAGCUGUGGCAGAGGUGGUCUGGUGCGGUUUGAAUGCAGCAAUCCAUCUGACUUUCGGAUAGAGGACAACGGAGUAGUUUACGCUGCAAGGACUCUUCAGCGCACUCCAGCCCCUGCUUCGCCCUUGCUGAUCAAGGCUGUAGACACCACCACUCAGCAACAAUGGGUGACACAAGUCAAAAUGAUGCCUCCCACACAGGUCCAGGAACUCGCCGUCCCUCCAGUCAUGUCCAAAAAUUUCGAGGAAAUAGUUUUUCCACCACAAAAUGCGGACAGCACUCUGAAACGCAUAAAGAGAGACUGGGUCAUCCCUCCAAUCAAUGUUCCUGAGAACUCCAGAGGCCCAUUCCCGCAGGACCUUGUCAUGAUUCGCUCAGAUCAUGAUAAAAACCGGCCCCUAAGAUACAGUGUGACGGGUCCAGGUGCUGACCAGCCCCCAACUGGAAUCUUUACCAUCGAUCCCAUUUCUGGAGCGCUAUCUGUCAACAAGCCACUUGAUCGAGAACACAUCCCUAGCUUUCAUCUGAGAGCUCAUGCGGUAGACCUGAAUGGCAACCAGGUGGAAAACCCCAUAGAUAUUGUGAUCAACGUAAUUGACAUGAAUGACAACCGACCAGAGUUCACUCACCAAAUCUGGAACGGAACUGUUCCAGAGGGCUCCAAACCAGGAACAUUUGUUAUGACUGUGACAUCUAUCGACAAAGACGACCCCAAAACGGCGAAUGGCAUGCUUCGAUACAAGAUCUUGUCUCAGAAUCCAGAGAGUCCAUCUUCAAAUAUGUUCACCAUCAACAACAAAACUGGAGGCAUCAUUACAGUGGCCGCAGGCCUGGACAGAGAGAAAGUGCCUCAGUAUACUUUGAUCAUCCAGGCAACUGACAUGGAGGGUAACCCCAUGUAUGGCCUGUCCAACACAGCCACUGCUGUCAUCAGAGUCACUGACGUCAAUGACAAUCCGCCAGAGUUUACUGCUGAGACGUUUUUUGGGGAGGUGCCUGAGAAUGCCGUGAAUGUUAUAGUGGCCAAYCUGACGGUGACUGACAAGGACCAGCCCAACACACCUGCCUGGAAUGCGGUGUAUAAAAUCACCGGGGGCGACCCCACCGGCAGGUUCUCUGUGCCCACCGAUCCAACUACUAAUGAGGGUCUGCCCAUUGACUAUGAAAUCAGCAGAACGUAUGUGCUGACAGUGGAAGCGAGAAAUGAGGUUUCCCUGGCCAGAGGCAUUCACCCUCCCAAGCAGUCCACUGCCACCGUCUCCAUCAGAGUAACGGAUGUCAAUGAGAGUCCUUACUUUGAUCCCAACCCCAAGCUGAUCAGGCUGGAAGAGGGAAUGUUGCCCGAGUCGACGCUGACCAUGUUCACUGCACAAGAUCCAGAUCGAUACAUGCAGCAAACCAUUAGCCCCAGCACUGGUCGGAUUUCAACAAUUGCCAUUUUGGACAGAGAGUCGCCCUAUGUGAAGAACAGUUUAUACAACGCAACAUUCCUGGCCACAGACAACGGCAAAACCCCAGCAAGCGGCACAGGCACCCUUCAGAUCUACUUGGUGGAUAUCAACGACAAUGCGCCAAAGGUGUACCCCCAUGAAGCAGAGGUAUGUGAAAAACCUGAGCCAAACGCCAUCAACAUCACUGCGCURGAUGGAGACCUGAACCCCAAUGCAGGCCCUUUCGCCUUCGAGUURCCCCACAGGCCCCAGGACGUCAAGAGGAACUGGACCCUAACGAGACUAAACGGUGACUAUGCUCAGAUGAGCCUUAAGAUUGGCUUCCUGGAAAGUGGGAUCUAUGAGGUCCCCAUCAUAAUCACAGACUCAGGCAACCUGCCYAUGUCUAAUACCUCCUACCUGCGGAUUAAAGUGUGUCAGUGCGACAUGAACGGAGACUGCACUGACCAGCAGCACAUCAUGGCCGCUGGUCUGGGCACGGGAGCCAUUAUAUCCAUCCUCCUCUGCAUCAUCAUCCUUCUCAUUCUCGUGCUAAUGUUUGUGGUGUGGAUGAAGCGCCGUGACAAAGAGCGUCAGGCCAAACAGCUGCUCAUCGACCCCGAAGACGAUGUGAGAGACAAUAUACUCAAGUAUGACGAAGAAGGUGGUGGAGAAGAGGAUCAAGGACUGAAGGCAGCUGACAACGACCCCACUGCUCCUCCCUACGACUCCCUGCUAGUGUUCGACUACGAGGGCAGCGGCUCCACGGCCGGCUCCCUAAGCUCGCUCAACUCCUCCAGCAGCGGGGGCGACCAGGACUACGAUUAUCUGAACGACUGGGGCCCUCGCUUCAGAAAACUGGCAGACAUGUACGGCGGAAGCGACGAUUAG